GCACACCCGGCUCAGGGACGCUGCGCAGCGGCGUGUCCCGGCCCCGGAGCGCCUGGCCAGGCUGUGCCCCGCGCCCCGCCCUUCGCUCACCCCGGCGCUCUGAGGUCUCCGCUCCUCCCGCCGGGAGCCCCGAGCUUCCCUGCACCGCCGCCUCCCUUCCCCUGCCGCCCGCAGAGCUCUCCUCGCGCGCGUUUCGUGGCCGAGCCAGCGGCUCUUCUGCUGCCCCCUUGGCUGCCUCUCCGGCCAGCAGCACAAACCGCCCUUCUAGAGUCUCCAGCCGCCAGCCCCGGACCAUUCCUGUUUUGACCCUCUCCUGGGGUUGUGUGCGCUUCGUGCGGCUUCGCUCGUUUCCUCCUUGGGGCAGCUGCCAGAAAAAUACACGUACCUGAAAGGGAAAAAAUUGGGCUAUUCUGCACCAGGAGUUUGGUUUAAUGCAGUAGUGCUGUGGACUGAUUGACAAUAUUAAACAUGAGGGUAGCAGGUGCUGCAAAGUUUGUGGUAGCUGUGGCAAUAUUUCUAUUGACAUUUUAUGUCAUAACUCAAGUAUUUGAAAUAAAAAUGGAUGCCAGCUUAGGAAACCUGUUUGCUAGAUCAGCAAUGGAGACAGCUGCACGCUCUACAAAACCACCCAGAUAUAAAUGUGGAAUUUCAAAAGCUUGUCCUGAAAAGCACUUUGCCUUCAAAAUGGCAAGUGGAGCAGCAAACGUAGUUGGGCCAAAAAUUUGUGUAGAAGAUAAUGUUUUAAUGAGUGGUGUUAAGAAUAAUGUUGGCCGAGGAAUAAAUAUAGCUUUGGUAAAUGGCAAAACGGGAGAAGCAUUGGACACCAAGUUCUUCGACAUGUGGGGAGGAGAUGUGGCACCAUUUAUUGAUUUCCUGAAGUCCAUUCAAGAUGGAACUAUAGUGUUAAUGGGAACCUAUGAUGAUGGUGCAACCAAGCUUAAUGAGGAGGCACGCAAACUGAUUGCUGAACUUGGAAGCACGUCUAUUUCUAACCUUGGUUUUAGAGACAACUGGGUCUUUUGUGGUGGAAAAGGAAUUAAGACUAAAAGUCCAUUUGAGCAGCAUAUAAAGAACAACAAGGAUACAAAUAAAUAUGAAGGCUGGCCAGAAGUUGUUGAGAUGGAAGGCUGUAUCCCUCAGAAGCAAGACUAAAACAAAGAUUCAAAACAAACAAUGUGAAAGAAAAUGCACUUUCUGCUAUUAUAAGGGAGAGGGCUAUGAAGUGUGUAAUGUAAAUACUUUUGAAGCAUGUAUGCAUCUUGUUGUGUGCACGUGAGCAUCGACCUUUUGAGUACCAGGAUUAUUUAUUAUUAACACAUCUAGAAAUUAUUUUGUAAAUGGGCCUAAAAGAAACAAGACAGGAAAUCAUUUCUAAAUAGUUUUCCUACAGGUGCAUCCUUUACUAUGCAUAGGGUAAAUAUUCAUUGAGAUCUACUGAGUAAGCAGUUAAAUAUCCAGUAAAUUCAUACAGAAGCAUAUUGUGCUGUCGUCUAAUAAUGUAAAUGUUACUGUGAGACUGUAACCUUUGUGGAAUAUGUAGAUUUUAGUGAAAAAUUAGAGCUUUAAUUUUUGUAUCUUCUGCCUUUUUAAUGGCAGCACCACUUUUUAUUAAAGAGCUACUUGGUUAGUCUAAUACAAAAGCUUUAGAAUUUUGUUUUGCAGUUCCCCAAAAACCCAAUAAUCAACAAAAUAGCAUACUUUAUAUUAAAAUGUAGAUCCGCCACAAGAAGCACAAUUUAAAACAUUCUUUAUAUUAAAACAAAAGUAAAUAUAUAAAUACUUGCACCUGAUAUUUAAAAAAUAACUUGAAAUUAUUUGUAUUUAACAUGGAAAUAGUGUUUACUUUGUAGAAGAUACUUGGCUUCAUAACACUUCUACAACUGUUUUCUUUUUAUUACAAUUUUUGUACCAGUUGCCUGACCUGCAGUCUAGAUAGUGUUUUUCAGCUGUACUAACUAACUGAAUGAUAGAGAUGGAUGAUGGAUUGCCCUCCUGUUUUAAUACUAGCCCUAGGAUUUUCUGGCGAGGAAAGCAUGUUAGAAAAUGGGCUAUUUCCUCAUAAGAAUUAAUUUAAUAUACAUAAUUAUGCACAGCUUUAAUAUUACUUGUACUAGUUCUUAUGUGAAUCACGAUACCUAAUCAGUACUUAGGAUAGGAUGCUACAGAGUGUCACGUUUUGAGAUGUAUAUCAGUUGGUACUGAAAAAUUAGCUCACACUGUUAUCUUUAUCCCUUUCGGCAAUGGAUUUUAAAAAACUGGACCAAGUUAAAGUGACCUUAUACAAUAGCUCAUGUAAGAGUAAAUAGAAAAUCAAUCACUUUCUGUAGAAAUUUAUUUUAAAUUACUUAUUUUUAGUAGGGCAUGGUUAGAACUUUUUCUGAAUACAAAUUGAGGACAAUGAAACUGAGUAUCCAGGUGUUCACAGUACAGAGGUUAGAGGAGAAUUUUCUAUAAUCUCUUGGAGUUAUAUGUUCCUAGUACAAAUGGUCAAAAUCUUUGAGAAGUACCAGCAAAGGAAAAAGAAGAUUCAGGAACUGCAGUAGGAAUCACAAAUAGUACAACUCAGAAUGCCAUGUGAUCAGUUUCUUCUGAGACAAACUUAAAAUAGUUUGCACUAAUAACUUUAAAGCAAUAUAGGGAAUGAUUACUUUGUUCACAAUAAUAUCCACUUCUACUACAGAAAUGAAUAAAACUGGAAUUUGAAUUG